AUGAUUUUCUUUAUAUUUUCGUGUUUAUUUCUCUUAGUUAAAGCUCAACAUGAAAGUUCAACAACGUCACCUGAAAUUGAUGGGAAAGUGAUAGGAGGAAAUGAAGUUGUUCCACACUCAGUGCCAUAUCAAGUGGCAAUUUUCUUGUCAGAUUCACAUGGACAUCCUGCGACUUUUUGUGGUGGUUCUUUAAUAGAUACCAGAACUGUACUCACUGCAGCUCAUUGUGUAUUUGGCAUACCAUCGGCCACCGUUGUCCUGGGGGCCCACAAUAUUCGUCAGGAAGAAGAUUCCCAAAUCAAAAUUAUGUCUACUAAUUUCACCGUUCACGAAGACUGGGAUCGCCAAACUCUGAGAAACGACAUCGCCCUUAUACAUCUGCCUGAAGAUGUACCAUUAAGCGAAAUCAUCAGCACCAUCAGAUUGGCAACAGACGAAUGGAACAAUUACAUCUAUCAAGAGGCGAAAGUAACGGGCUGGGGUAAGGACUCGGAUCUGGCUACCGCAAUAAGUCCGGUGCUGCGUGAGGCUGACCUAAUGGUGAUUCCCAACAACGUGUGUAAAUUUUCGUACGGCUACUAUCUAAGACCAACGAAUCUCUGCACGUAUGGACCGGACAUAAACACAAGCUGUCAAGGAGACAGCGGCGGCCCGUUGGUUUUGAAUGGUUUUCAGAUUGGAAUCGUAUCGUUUGGAAAUUCGCUCUGCGAAUCAGGAUUGCCAGCUGUUUUCACACGUGUUUCGAAAUAUGUUACUUGGAUAAAUGCACACCUUUAAAAAUAUAAUUUGUUAA